UAAACGCAUGCGCUUAAGCUCUUUCUUGUAUUGUCGUGGGGGGUGAGGAUUUAGCGUUCAGAUAAUAAUUUUAGGGACUAACUUCCGAUAUCGUGCUUUGUGAGAUUGGUGUGUAAUAUAUUCUAUUUCAAAUGCCCACACCGUCCAGGCGAGAAGAAGAUAUGUCCGAAGAUCAGUCCGAAGUAGGUACAGAAGAAGCAGAGGAUGAUUCAUUGGCUGAUGGUGAAGAUGAAGAGGGAGAUGAUGUUGACCAGGAUGAAGACACAAUUCCUGAUGAUCAAGGUGAUGGUGAUGAUGAAGAGGAUGCAGAAGUGGAAGAAGAGGAUCAAUCUCCAGAGCAGACAGAUGAACCUGUUCCACAAGAAGAACUUCCCGAUGAUGAUGAUGAUGACGAAGAGGAUGAUUUAGAAGAGCCAGAGACUCCUCCUAAACCAAAGAAGGAAAAGGGAAAGAAGAGAAAAGCAAGAGGAGAUGGAGAAAGAAAGAAGGAAAAAAAGAAAAAGAAGAAGAAAGCUAUGUCAGAUAGUGCAGAGGAUAGUGACAGCAAUCACCUUGGGGGCCAGUCAGAAAAUGACAGUGACUAUAUUGUAGAAAGUAUGAAGAAAGCUAAGAAGUCAAAAGUUGAUAAGCCGCAGAAAACGUCGGCAGACAUUUGUGCCGAACAUGGUCUGCAGGAUGUGAUAUUGGAAUACACUGAAGCAGACUACCAAAAUCUGACUAGCUAUAAACUCUUCUCCCAACACAUCCGACCACUCAUUGCCAAAGCCAACCCAAAGAUUGCCAUGUCCAAAAUGGUGACUAUCAUAUCAGCUAAGUGGAGAGAAUUUCUUCAAAACAGCCAGGAGAAAGAAGAAGAUUUUCAAGCUAACCAGGAAGAAAAGGAGAAACCUUCCACGCCUACUCCUCGAUUCAAAGGUUCCAAAGAUGGUAAGCUGACAGGGAAUAGUAAGACAAUUAUAAACAUUGCUAAUAUAAUCUACUGUGUACCUUACUAAUAGUAAGACAAUUAUAA